AGGGAGGGAGGGAGAGAGGGAGGCAGGCGAGAGAAGGGGAGCUGCUUAGAGCCCGUACUUCCCAGAGCCAGCCAGGAACGCGCACACAGCGGCUCUCCGGGUCCCAGCCGCGCCCCGCUGCCCCGCACCUCCUCCUCCUCCUGCUCCUCUCCGGGUACCCCUCGCCCCCUCCCUCCAGCAGCUGCUACGCUCGGGCAGCGGCCGCCCCCGGCCCCUACUCGGCCACAGCCCCAACUCUCUGGGCUCACUCCUGGGACGCGCGUCCUCGCCCCAUCCUUUCUUCCUUCCUUCCCUCGCGCCCGCCCGCCCUCUCCAGGUCUCCCUCUCGGGUCCCGAUUGUCUCCGUCCCCUUCUCGGUCCGCCGGCGCCUCGCCCUGCCCCGUCUCUCCCUCGCACUUCCUGAGUCGCCCGCCGCCGCUGUCUCGCCGCGCCGCGGGAGCCCGAGCCCGAGCCGAGCCGCCGCUGCCCCGGCUCCAGCCCCCGCAGCCCGCGGCGCCCGGGGAAGGGAAAAGUGGGCGAGCGCGCCCUCGCCCAGCCCCGCGCCCCAGCCCUGCCCGGCGAGGGAGGACCGGGAAGAUGAACAACGGCAGCAAAGCCGAGAAGGAGAACACCCCGAACGAGGCCAACCUUCAGGAGGAAGAGGUCCGGACUCUCUUUGUCAGUGGUCUCCCUCUGGAUAUCAAACCUCGGGAGCUGUAUCUGCUUUUCAGACCAUUUAAGGGCUACGAGGGUUCUCUUAUAAAGCUCACAUCUAAGCAGCCCGUAGGUUUUGUCAGUUUUGACAGUCGCUCAGAAGCAGAAGCUGCAAAGAAUGCUUUGAAUGGCAUCCGCUUCGAUCCUGAAAUUCCACAAACACUACGACUAGAGUUUGCUAAGGCAAACACGAAGAUGGCCAAGAACAAACUAGUAGGGACUCCAAACCCUAGUACUCCUCUGCCCAACACUGUACCUCAGUUCAUUGCCAGAGAGCCAUAUGAGCUCACAGUGCCUGCACUUUACCCCAGUAGCCCUGAAGUGUGGGCCCCGUACCCUCUGUACCCAGCGGAGCUAGCGCCUGCUCUACCUCCUGCUUUCACCUACCCCGCCUCACUGCAUGCCCAGAUGCGCUGGCUCCCUCCCUCCGAGGCUACUUCUCAGGGCUGGAAGUCCCGUCAGUUCUGCUGAAUCCCAUGUAAGUACUUGGUUUCGAUGAGAACUGUGUCCAGUGCCUGGACGAGCCCAGGCCAGAGCAGACGUUUGAUAAGUGGGCAGCUGUCAUCCUGCCUCAGCGCCCACUCCUGGGCUUGUCCAUGCUCGUGAACAGCCACCCAACAAACUCCUCGUGGCCCAGAGAGUUCCGGGGUUUAUUUUCCACAGGCAGGUUGCCCUGUUGACCUGAAGUCUCAGUUGGUGGCUCAUGUCACCUUCAUUUCAAUUACCAGGGCAACUGCUGAGUGCAGUUUUCAGUUACGGAAGUUCUUAGCACCGUAAAAGGUCAGCGCUUCCAGAGGGCUCCAGUCCUAGGUCAGAAGGAAGGGCCUCACCAAACAGAAGGAUUAGUGUUGGGUGUCAGAGUAUCAGAAAUCCCACACAAGAGUGUCAGAGGGGCCACUCAACCCACACCCCGACCAGUCAGGAUUCUUUCUCUGGCCCUGGUAAUAAGUAAGUCAAGGGAUGACACUUUUGUGCUUUAAGACAUCAACUUCAAUAAGUUAGGAUUGUACCUUUUCUUCCCCUAAGCUGACAUAUUUCUGAGUGUGGUCAAAGAGCACUUGUCCUCGGGUAUAACCGUGGACAGAGACUUAACAUGCUUCUAAGGUCGGACUUAAAAAGACUUUUUACCAAACGAUUCUCAGAGCCUUUAUAACAAUAUGAGCAUCGUGAAUCUUGAAGAUUAGGAAACUCUAGGAUGCAGUAUUUCUCAAACUUAUUUGAGACCAGGAAACCCUUUUCUCACAGAAUCUUAGGAGACUAAUGUUUUACAUAGCGCACACCUUGGGAAACCGUGCCCUCACCUCUUAUCCAGAAUCUAAACCAGGGGCACCUCUACGUAUAACCCUUGGACCAGUAGUCACCUGUUAACACUUGUCACUAAUCUGUGAUUAUAGGGGAAAAACCAGGAUUCUUUCCUUAAAGCUACUUGUAUUUGUCCCUUAUUCUGAAAUUAUGUUCUUCUCUGUGUGUUAAAGUACCCUUUUAAAAUGAAAUGGUAAUGUUAGUGACAGUUGUAUUUUAAAUGUCCUUUCUUAGAAAGAUGAAGUCAGCCAUCCAUGGUAGACACCUAAAAUGUUCUUUAAAAUGUUUUACUAUUUUGUGAAAUCUUAGUUUGCUAUUUAAGGGUGACUUUUUUCUCCCUGAAAAUAUAAAUUUUAAGCUUUUUGAGGUAUAUUCUGGAGUCCCUUUAAGUCCAGAAUUUCCUAAGUCCAUGCUCCAUAUCCAUAUGCCCAUAAUUAAUUUUUAAAUUUAAUUUAUAUACCCCCAGCCAUUGUUUCUUUGUUCCGAAAAGCCUUAGGCAUUUGUUGUGUGGGAAUCUUCUCCGUUAGUGGAUGGCACUGGUCCAGUGCUGUCAUGUUAUAAAGCUCCAGAAGGCACUGUUCCCAGGUACCUCUCUGUGACAGUGUUUAUCUCUUAGUUUUCAGAGGCUGGUAGGUAUUCACCUUGAGGUGUCUAGGAUAAGAAAACCAGAAAUUCUGAAGCUCAUGAAAGAGUUCAUGGGGUGAAAUGCAGAUCUGGCAUUUUUUGCAUAAGCUGAUAUUUGAGGAAAUGAAUGAAAUCGGAGGUGAGGUCGGUGGGACAGAACCUGGAGGCUCUCCUGGAUGCAAGGGGUCAGCUUGUUGGGAGUGAAGAGUGACCAGGAGCUGAAGCGGCACGGCGCCCGGGGAGGGCAGUGUUGAGCUGCCUGGUCUGCAGCGUCAAAUGCUGUAGGAAAGCUGAGCAAGAUUUUGGCAGUUCCAGCUGGCAAAAGAUGGUGGUGGCAUAGGGCCCAAGGAAAGAGAAGGCAGGAUUGGUAAGCAGUCGAAGAGAUCUAGCUCCAUUCCCCAGAGAUCUAGAGGCAGCGUGGCUACCAGAGAAGGGCCAGCAGUUGCUCCCCACUCCCCUGGAAGUAUGGCUUCGGAAACACUGUAGGAUCUGCAUAAAGAUGUAAUGUCUCCUAUGGGUGCAUCAUUGUGCUGAGAUAAACUUGGGCCAUGGGCCAGGCUCCUUCCUUGGAGUCUGAAGGGAGUGGGGGAGAGGAGGUGGCUCGGGAGGAGGAGCGAUCACUGCACUCAAUACACUGCACUUGGGGUUGGGACUGCAGACUCCCAUCCCGCCUGGAGUUAGACCAGCUCAGUAUGGCUCCGUUACCCAGGCUCCUUCUCGUCUCUUGGAUCAAGUCCUUUCCAAGACAGCUAAUAAUCCAGGCUGUGUAAUCUUAAGGAAACGUAAGUUAGAACUGAAAACAGUGGUGCUGAUGAAAUAACAAACAUUUUAGAGCAAAAUGAGUCUCUAGAAAAGGGCAAGUGAGGGGUAAGUGCCACCCGUGGAACCACUGGCCCACAUGGCCUUCCUGUACUCAUUGGAAGGGGCUUUCUUCCCCCCCCCCCCCACCCUGGAAAGAUAGCACCAGAAUAGGGGCAGGAGUGACAUCUGGUAUCAGACAUAAGGACCUGUAUGCAGACUGGCGUCACUUGUGAUGUGUGGAACGUCGGGGCUGCCUCCUUCUGGAUCCUGAACAUUCCAGGCCUGUUCUCCCAGAGGUCCUUCAGGGAUUUUUAAUUGACCCACUCUGAGCGCUUAUUUCUAAAGGGAAAUCAGUGACUAGACUAGAAAAGUAAACAAGCUCUUUAUUCUUUAAAUAAACGUGUGUUAUCUAUCUACUAGCUAUAAAAAUGUGUGAAACUAGGCCUGUGCCCCUGAAGAGCUUCAGUUCUAAGGGGCAAGAGCCAUGGACACACAUUUUAAAGAGAAAGGAGAAUUAUUGCCCAGGAUGCUCGAGAGAGAGGAGCACUCCAAAGGGGGUGGGUGUGCGUGUGGACCGCCAUCAGCGGCAUAAGUAAGACCACCAGAAGGGUGGUCGUUAGAGGGGUGGGUGUUACUGAUGAUUUAAUUUGUUCAACAUCUUGCUUGACAGAUGGUGUUUAGUCUGGUUGCAACGUGUGCACAUCACUACAGAGUUUUGCUAAUGGUUCAGCCAUGUGGCCGAGAACCCCAGAAAACAUAAUAACGAUUGGCAGUGAUCAAUUUCCCAGAUGGGUUGAGGACAGAAAAGCACGAGCAAGUCUGUAGUCGCUCCUUACAAGGAAUAAGGGUUACGCAGUUUUCCUGGUUGGGUAUCCAAAUGUAGUUAAAUAAAUCAGAAAAAAGGGGGGAGAAAGAAUUAGAGUUGGAGUGGAUGUGGGAGGGUGUUCUUAAAGAACUCAUGAAAUUUCCCUGGCCGGGGACCAAGACCACAGCAUAGAAAUUAUAAGCACGUGUAGUUACAGCCUCACCGAAUUAAAGGAGAACAUGGCAAGGGAUAAGAAUUUGAACCUGUUUGUUCCUUUUGUUUAGUUUUGGGGAGGAAUGGCCUAGUCUGUCCUUGGCUGUGAGCACCAGUGCCUUGGGGAUGCGGCCGUGAUCCGGAGAGCCCCGGCUGCUGGGUGUCCAGGCAGAGCUUAGAGCUUCGCAGGGUGGGAAAGGCAGAGUCUGCGUGGAAGCCCAGACAGCUGCUGGCGCUCCAUGCGGCCACCCCCUGCCUUCCCCCUAGAAGAGGCCCCAGGGUCAUUCCCUUUCCUUCUGCGAACCAAGGUCUUUCGGUCACAUGUAAGUCCAUUGACACAAUACAUAUUCAGUGACCAUCUGCAGGAUAUAAGGUAACUGUUCUGGGUGUUGCAUAUACAACAGUGGACAGAAGCAGACAAAACCCUUGACUUGGUGGAGCUGACAUUCUGUAACAGGGAGAAGAAGAGUAAUAAAAUACUAAAAUAAACACAGUAGGUCAGGUGGUGAGAAGGGCUAAUGGAAAAAUGCAAAUCAAGGAAAGAGGGCAAAUGUGAGGGGUCAGCAGGUGCUUCCUUGCACACGGGAGCAGAGAUGAAAGCUCUCCCAGAUUUAUAUGGGGUUCUUUUUUCAGAACAGACCUCACUUUACUCAAGUUUAGAGAACAGUUUAACUUCUCUGUUCCUCCUCUUCUUCCCUCCCUUUUGCUACAUCCACGUGAACAGGCUUGAGCUGGGUGGGGCUUGAAGGCAGUGCUGGCAGAACGUGCGCCGGCGGCCCGAGUGGAUGAGCCCUUCCCUGAGAGGGGUCUCCACGUGCCCUGGUUCUGAUUACCCCACCCUGAGCCCUGGGGUCUGUUUUGCUUGCUGUGUGAGUCAGAAAGUAGGGACGGGCCUGAGAACCUGCCUCCUGCCAGGCCCCGGGGUGGUGGCGUCCCUUCCAGCUUUCUGCUGACCACCUCCUAGCACCUGCCGAGCCGCGUGCCACCCAAGACGGUUGUGACAGCCCAGUGCAGUCAGCUGUAGCUCCCCCUGCACCCGUGGUCUAUUCUGCGAGUCUGGCUGGGACACGGAGGCCCCUGAGCACGUGCACCAGGGAGCUGCCUGCCCGGCCCCUGGAGGAAGGUCACAGAUCGCUGCCGCACGUUAAGAUCAGGGCAUUGAGCCUCGGCGUCUCCGCGGUCGCAGGGCAGGGCCACCUGCAGGAGCCGACCGUCCACUGCCAUCCGCUCUCUGCAUGGCUGAAAGGAGAGGUUCAGAAGGCCGGCGUGCUCACCGUAAAGUUAAAGGUGAACGCGUUGGGACUCCCCUCUGGUGUUUUGUGUUCUCUGGGGAGUCCUCUCCCGGGGUCUCUGCAAAGCAGACUCUGGCCCAAGUGCUCUCUCUGCCCACCCGGUGAGCCCGGUGUGCGGACAAGUGUUGUUGAUGCAGUAACUGGAGAGAGCGGCUUGCUGAUAAAACCCUGGGCUCCCAGAACCCGGGCCAAGAAGCCAGGGUCCCAGGACUCCUAAACCAACAGUCCUCAGUCCUCCCGACUCGCUCCAGCCCAGGGGCUGAGAGGAAUCUGGUCAUCAGUGUGAUUUCCUAAACGACAGGCAUCCUAAAAAGGCAGCCUUGGUCUGGCCGCCCCAGGAGGCACCCUGGGUCUGCAGGCACGCCCUCCCUCCCUCCUUGCCUGUGCCCGGCAAGUGUGGACACAGCCGGGGAAACUUGGGUCAGGUGAUAGGUUUUGUUUCCAGGGGUGAACAUUGAUUUUUCUGUCCUCAACCCAACUUUUACCAGGAGACUAGAAUCACAUCUACUCAUCUUCAAUGUUUUUAUAGUGAAAUUCUGGGGAAAACUUUUUUUUUUCCUGACUCUGAGAAGAGAGAUGCCCUGGGAAGGCGGUCUUUCCUUCAGCCUGCCGCCUCACCCCGGAGGCCGUCUGAGCGCAGGGCAUGGUCUCCCUGCAGCACCCCGGGGCAGCUUUCCACAGCACGUCGGCACUCCUGCCCACAAAGCCCUGUGCGCCGGAAGCAGGCUCUCUGUCCCGGGAAGGAGAGCAGCGCUGAAGACUUGAGGAACGCUAGCGGGGAAUCGGGCACCGGUGUCCCUGUGCUGGGCGAAGGCCUGCCUUCCUCAGCACCAGGAAUUCUUGAUGAAGCCAGCCAGCUCGGAGGCAGCCAUGCCUGCAGGAAGAAUAUUAAAAAUGUGUUGCCCACUGAGUGUCUGCCUCUUCCUGUCUCAGAAUUCUCAGACACUGGGAAUAGCAGGGUAUGUUCACAGGUGUUAGCUUUUGGGUUUUGUUUCCUAGUAGGUGCUCGGAGCAAAGUCGAGUUCAUUGGUGCACGUGACAGCACAGGGUUCUCCUGGAGAGUUGCUCCUGUGGCCUUGGGCUGACCAGAGUUGCCCCUGGGGUCUGGGGCGGCCCCUGGAGUUGGUUAGGUUUCGGGCUCCUCUCGGGGGGCCUCAGAUCCCGUGCCUUUCCUCUGUCCAGUCCUGGGGGACGUGUGUGCAGAGGCCCUGCCUGUCUGCCCCCGGGGGGCUUAUGCCCUGGUGCUCCUGGGGGCACGCCUUUCCCCAGGUGCCCUCCCCACUGGGCUUGCUGCCAGCGAGUCCCUGGGAGCCACCCUCUGCUGCCGGGCACCCCGGCCCCCGAGAGCCUCCUCCCGCUGGCUGCGCCUCGUCCUCGGGCUCAGCAGUGGAGGCCUUUGGCGCUGGUGCCUUUGCCUCGCAGCUCUCUGCCCUCGGGACAGGCCCGGGGAAGCCGGCAGCGGGGUGGCUGUCACCGCGGGUGUUAACGGCUGAUCUCUUUCUCCACCUCAGGUUCCAGGUGUGUGAUGGUGGCUGCAGUCUGUCUUGUGGGUGUUGACGCAGUCUUCAAGUGGCUACUGUUCUCGAGCUCUUCUACAAAACUGGCGCGCGCUGGCUGGAACCCGCCCAGUUUUGGUCCCUUCAAGACUCUGCCACAGCCUCUAUCACACAUCUGUUUUUCUCGAAGAAAAAAAAUACAAUAAAAAUGUUUUACUCUUUUACACUGUAUAAUUGUAAGAAAUAGUGUGUGUUAUUUGUGAACGCAUGGUCUGCCAUUUCUGUACAGUUUGGAGAUAUUUUCGAAUGAAACAUAAAAGAUGUCAACGAUAAAAUCAAGAGAGUGAGUAUUUUUAUACCAAACAUUUUAAGUAUGACAGGAUGGAUGAUCUUACACUGGGUUGGAUCACAGAUUUUGUGCUUGACUUUUGAAUGCUUGUAAUUUAAAAUAUCUAUUUUUUUUCCUUUAAAAGAAGCUGCAUGUUUAAGGCAUGUUUUUAAAUAUUAUCAAAAUUUCCAGAAUCAUAUGGUGAAUGUAUAGAAAUCUGUUUACCUGGCCUGAGUCCAGGGUCCAUGAGUAACGCGGCAUUAGAUGUUUGUUGUUAGAACCGCUAGUGCAGUGCUCGGGGUUUACUCCCAGGUCUAGUAGGACACCCUGCAAGACAAUCAAAGCCUCCAGGAGCUUCUGUCUUAACGGCGGCAGGUUCCCAGCUGGGCAAAGCAGCCUUUCCUUGGUGCACAUUCCUCACCAGAGUGCACCCUUAGAAAAGCCCGGCAGCUCCAGAGGUGACUAUACAUAAAUUGUGGGCCAAGUGUUGGGUUUUGCCGUUUUCUUAUGUUUUUCUUCUACCAGCACGCUCCUGUGCGCGCCCAGCUGACGCGCGACUCCCCAGUGAACGUGCUGAGUCUAAGGGGAAGCCUUGGCCCGGAGGCCAGCCCUGACCCAGGAGGCAGCCGCCUUUGCCCGGCCCACCAGGCUGCAGUGGGCAGCUCCCAUCUCCCAAGUGAUUUUGCAAAACAUGGGUAGAACUGAGCUGGUGUUCCUGAGCCUUGGCAGCAGCAGGCCAGACACACCACUUAAAAUGUGAUCUUGAAUCCCACGUGCUCACCGUGACACUACCUGCCCCAUCGGCCCAGGGGGAGGUGCGCAACCAGUGGCGUCUGGAAUGAGUACUCGUCAGCUUGCUUCAAGACUCCGUCAAAGCCAGAGAGUCGGUCUUGCGUGGUAAGCUGACACUUCCAGGGUGUGUGACAGCUCACUCUCCCCCUUGUUGGAGAAGAGCCGGGUGCAAGAAUAUAUUGACCUAAGAAUUUUUAACUGCUGAUAUAGCUACACAUGACCACAAGCUUUCUUACCGGUCUGCUCACGUUGUGCUGAAGACUUCGAUGUUUUAAUGACUAAUAUACAUGGUUGGUGUCAGAUUUUCUAGUUUCAUUAUUUUCCAUUAGAAGUAAAGCGAUCAAGAAGCGUUUAAAGGCCGUCACAAAAAAAGCAGAAGGAGCCAGGGGUGAGGGGCGCUCACCCUCCGAUAAGUGGCAGGAAGGAAGGUCCCUGCCACACCCAAGCCUGCUUAGGCCUUCAGCGCCGCCUCGUUCGUGGUGACAGCUCUGCACUCUCGUUUCUAAGGAAAACAGCAACUUCCACACAGUCUAUUAUGCUUUUAUAAACUGUUUAAAGGUACUUUUCUAUUGUCAUUUUUAAGAAUAAAGUGCUAAUUCCAGCUGUCACACCA